AUGCAAUUAUCGAGUGAGGAGGGGUUUGACUCGUUACCCCCCGCAGUGAGACGAAAGUUCUUCUCGAAUGUCGAGCGCUUGCGGAUGAGGUUAGGUCAGGAUGCCCCUGGCUCCACGCAUGACCAUCAUCAUGCCCGGUCCUAUCGGACGAAUUACACCGGAUCAUCUCCCCUCCACUCGCGUGGGCUACGAUCGGCCACCGUGACAAGGAGACGAGGUCUGGAGAAACGUUCUGCAUCUCCUAAAAAAUUGCGCAAACCUGGUUCCUUGCAAUUGGCAUACCUGGUUGCUCAGGCCGACUCGCAAUGCUUUCAUUCUCUCCCCGCUAAGAUUCAACAAAAGCUUUUCUCCCCUGAAGAACGUCGUCGUCUCCGCUUUGCCUAUCGCGACAGCCUCAUUCUCGACGCCGCUGACCAGGCCUUUUAUCGUCGCGAUCAAGCUCUUCGUCAAUUAUCAACCGAUUCGUUGGAUUCAGACGCCAGUCACCUCGACGAUCAACACCCAGCUUCCGUCUUUUGGGAAUCCGAUUCAGAAUCGGUCCAGGACGAGACCGAGAAUAUUAAUCAAACCCUCGCCAAGAUGGACGAGACCAUUUACGACAGCUUUCGAUGGCUGGAUGGGGACGGGGAUCUGGAUUUGUCAUUAGACGAGUACCAUGCUCAUAUUGCCGAUGCAGCUACUCAUCAAGGGAAAGCCUGGCGUCGCCCAUCCUUCCGCCGUUCUUUAUCCUUUUCAACCCACACGGCCUUGAAAGCACGACAAUCCACCUCGCUCCCACCACGCAGCAUACCCGCAAGUCAAUCUCUACCUCCAUUCGCGCCUCUGGUUAUCAACAGCCGCAACUCAUCCUCCCGCCCGGGUUCUCGUCAUCAACCCAGCCCACAUGCACCCAAAUCCUCCACCUCCAGCAUUGACCCCUCCGCGCAAUACUAUCAAGAUCCCGACGCGCGCUUGAAAUUACGAGUUUAUCUCGCAUCACCGCAGAAAUUUGAUGAAGCCAUUGAAUUUGGAUUUCCUUCCUUGGAUCAUGGCAAGGAGAAUAUGUCUCCAGAACCGCCCUCCCCCAACUCAAUCCCAAUCAGUCCCGAAUGUGUCGGUACUUUCUUCGAGGAGGAUGACGGCACGAUGAUUGGCAGCCCUUCUGGAUCACUCAUGGAAGCACACACACCCUCCAUAGUAUCACAUCCACGGGAGACCCCGCGACCAUCGGUGGAUACGCCGUCCCUGCUGCAACGACGCCAGUCGUUUUUGCCGGGAUCCAAAUUAGGCCCCCAGCGGCUUCCGGGGAACCGGGAGAUGACGCUAAAAAUGACAUUGACGCGCCCUGAUCUCCGGACUGAGUCGCCCACGCCUUCUCAGUCUCCCCAAGAGGAUCCUUUACAAUUGGCCGCUUUACCGCCUGCCGAUCGCAAUCAACAUAUUUGGGAAGAUUUGGAUGACAAUCAAGGCAUGGUCAAGAAGAUGUGGCGCAAAUUGCGCCGCAGAGCUUAG